UUUAAAUUCAGAUUUCUUUUUCAAAAUUGUUCCGAGUUAAGAACGCCGCUUCGUGUUUCGCCCUGGGUGUGGAAGCGUCUUCAGUCCGCAGUGUAACUUGCGACAACAACAGCAACCAACCACUGAUCCUAACGUAUUGAUAAGUGAGCUAUAAGCAGAAAGCAGCAAAGAGCUCCAAAAUCGCCUGUCAGUCAUCAUCUUCAAGGCGUGCUUGGUCGUUGGGUAGCUUGAGCUUUGGGUAACUUUGAGUAUUAUUAGCUGUGGUUUGUUAAAUAAUAAAAAUGACUGAGAACCCACAAGUUGUAGAUUAUGAACAUGCAAAUUCUGCUCCUGACGCGCGAAAUAAUCGUAAAACAAACAAUCGAAAUGAUAGACGAGCACCACCUGGCCGCUCGCAAAACGCCGACAACCAACAGUGGCAGCGGAAAGAUUUUGUUAAAGAAAAAUUGGAUGCUAUCUGUGGACCGACAAUAAAUUUAACAACAAAGGACGAUCCUUCAGCGCGAAAAUUCUCUGGACGAUGCAGACUAUUUGUAGGAAAUUUGCCGACUAAUAUUACUGAAGAUGAUUUUAGAAAAAUGUUUGAAAAGUUUGGAGAACUUGGUGAAGUUUUCCUAAACAAGCAAAAUGGUUUCGGAUUCAUUAGACUGGACACGAGGCAGAAUGCUGAAAAUGCAAGAAAUGCAUUGGAUUUUACUAUGAAAGAUGGCAAACAGCUCAGGGUUCGUUUUGCUACCCAUGGUGCAGCUCUCAAGAUCAAAAAUCUUCCACCCUGGGUUUCAAAUGAGCUCUUGGAAACAGCAUUUGGAGUGUUUGGAGACAUUGAAAGAGCGAUUGUUGUUGUGGAUGACCGUGAGCGACCCAUCGGUGAAGGCAUCGUAGAGUUCACAAGGAAACAGUCUGCACAAACAGCCUUGAAGCGAUGUUCUGAAGGGUGUUUUCUUCUUACAAGUUCCCCUCGACCUGUGGUUGUGGAACCUUUAGACCACAGAGAUGAGGAUGAUGGUCUGCCAGAGAAAAACUUUCAGAAAACGAAUAAACAGUAUUUAAAAGAAAGAGAGAUCGGACCUCGGCUAGCUGAGCCCGGAACUUUUGAGUAUGACUUUGCCAACAGAUGGAAACAGCUGUAUGGGUUAGAGAAACAAAAGAGAGAUCACUUAGAGAAAGAAAUUGAAGAGGGAAGGCGUGCUUUAGCAGAUCAAAUGGAUUUUGCCAUCUACGACCAUGAGGCUAACCUUCUUCGUGAAAGACUUCGCCAAAUGGAAGAACAGAGUGUUAUGAUUCAAAGAGAAAAAGAAUUAAGGCGUGAAGAAGAAAGGAGAAGGGAAGAGGCACGCCGUCAGCAGGAGAUGUUGAUACGUCGGCAAGAAGAAGAUCUUCUUAGAAACAGUAUGAGGAGGUAUCCAGAAGAAAAGAUGAUGAUGCAGGAUUCCGGAAUACCGAAACUGCCUCCAGGUUCCUUAUCACAAACACCUUCAUCUGAUCCCUCAUCUAUAUACAGCAAUAGUGCAAUGCCUGGAUCUGGCAUGGGACCUCCACCGCGUCCAACUCGAUUUGACAAGCCGCCACCCAUGGGCGAUGCAUUUCUGCCCCCUGGAGAUCCAUUAGCUGAGAGGCCUGCUGGUGGUUUAGAUGAACAUGGUGCCAUGAGCGGUAUGCCCAGGCCUCCCCACGAAAUGAUGGAAAACAUGGAUUACUAUGGCAAACGCCGCCGAUAUUAAAAAGGAUUUUUUUUUUCCUUAUUGACUCUUAUUAGCAUUUGUCAUUUAUUCUAUGUGUUUAGUAUGAAAGCACUCGCUGGAUAACUAACAAGCAUCCCUUGAGACCAAUUACGACUGUAACUAUUUAUCAUUCAUUAAAUAUAUACAAUAAAAGUUUUAAUGUAACUAA